AUGGAACAUGCUGGCGCCGAAGAAGUACACCGGCGUGGCCAGAACGAAGAGGAUCCACACCACUCGAGAGACGUUGCCGCGCCACAGGGGCUGCAUCAGCCACAUCCGAAAGGCGUUGUGUUUUGGCAGCAGCGACAUGCCCACGAUGCCAAACACAAACGUCGGCACCGCCACGACCGUCGACAGCGCAAGCUUGCGCACGAUGCGCCGCAGCUCCUGCCGCGCCAGCUGCGUGAGGUGCUCCUCCACGGACGCCACGCGCACGAUCUCGAGCUGGAACUUGUCGCUCAGCGCGUUGAUCUCGCCCACAAUCUUGCGGAUCGUCAGCUGCGGCGGGCUCGGCACGUACGUGAACUUGAUGUACGGGUGGCUCAGGCUGAUCGGGUCAUUGACCACGACCACGUCGCCGUACUCGUUCAGCUUGUUGUUGAUGAUCUCCGGACAGUGCUCGCAGUACAUGCCGCUGACUUUGAGGUUGACGGUGCGUGA